AUGGCAUGUGCUACACUUAAACGAACCAAUAACUUUGACAUCAUGGAAGCCACUUGUUCUAAAAGAAGGCGAUACCAAGCUUUAACUCGGAACUGCAACACAGAAGCAGCAGCGUCAGAAUCCCCAUUCAUCCCGAAGGAGUUAUCAACCCAAACUCAAUUAAAACGGCGCAUCAAGGAGGAAAUUAAACGUCUACAACGACGUCGUUUGAUACCACGAUUUCUUGGAAGUCCCACCCCGACAAUAACUACGACAUUCGCCGGUCAUGUAAAAGAUGAAAACGUGGUUGCUUCAUGCAGUGGUAGCUUUCGAUCAAUGGCAUUGCGGUCACCUACUUCAGAUAGUCAAGACUCAGAUAGUGACCAGUCACCUUUGCGUACCAGUGAACCGAUAUUCCAAACACUUGAGAAUGUCUCAGUUGGCUCCUCACAAUCAUCCUUGAAACCUACACAUACCAUCGACUCAAUGCCGAUCUUCACCUUACCCCAGGUUACAGCUCUUUGUGAGCGCUUAAUCAAAGAACGAGAAGCAGAGUUACGAGAAGAGUAUGACAGUAUAUUAUCUUGUAAACUAGCAGAGCAGUAUGAAGCAUUUCUGAAGUUCAAUCAUGAUCAACUCUACAGUCGAUUUCAAAACUCCCCAAUGAGUUAAAAUUAUUGUUGAAGUGUUGUGUCAGUCGUCUGGUUUAUUCAGUUCACAUGGAUCCCAUUCGCACAAAGAGAAUCUCCCAAUCGUUCAGAAUUUAAAAAUACAAAACCUUACUUCAAGCCACAACGUAGAAACUGGAUUGAUAAAAAAUUUCAAAACAAUGCACAAGAAUAAUGGAGAAAUAUAGUUC